UGACUGCGAGUACAUGGGUAGGCUGGGUGAUGAUUUUCACAAGGAUAUUAAGCAUCUUCACCCAGGCAAGGAGACUGAUGUUGACGUGGCUUUUCAUAGUUACAAAAAACAUCACGGGAAAAACUAUGACAGCGAGACCGAGCAUGAAAUGAGGAAAGCCAUUUUUCAUGAAAAUUGGGAAAUGAUAGAACACCACAACCGCCAGAACCUCGGCUAUAAGCUAUCCCUGAACCAAUUCGCCGACCGCACCUCGGACGAGAUGGAGUUGUUCACAGGCCUCUUACCUAACCCCCCAGAGGUGGAGGCCACACACUCCUUCCACUCUGAUGAAGAAGUUAGGAGGAUUGCUGAGGAGUUACCGGAAAACUUCGAUUUGAGAAUGGAGGGAGUUAUUUCACCAGUUAAAAAUCAGGCGCAUUGCGGCUCGUGUUGGGCAUUUGCGUCGACAGCAGCGGUUGAGGGUGCACUAGCACGCAGCAAUGGCGGUCGGAUCAUCGAUCUCAGUGAGCAAUCUCUGGUGGACUGUGCCUGGGGAGUGGGCUGCAUGGGCUGCGAUGGCGGCUGGAUGGCAAAAGCCUUCGAAUACAUCGUCAAGCAUGGCAUCCCGGUGGAGGAGGAGUACGGCUCUUAUCUAGAACAGGACGGUUUAUGCCAUAAGGAGAACAUGACAACCACAUACACUAUCAUGGGCUUCUCGAAGCCGACCCCCCACAACCCUCAGGCUCUGAAGGUGGCCCUUUACAAGUACGGGCCAGUGGCUGUGUCUAUCAACUUCAAUAAGAAAAUGCGGUAUUAUGACAGCGGUGUCUUCUACGACCCUGACUGUAACAAAGGGCACACGAACCACGGUGUUGUGGUAGUUGGCUACGGAGUUCGCGACGGCACAGACUACUGGAUCAUAAAAAACUCCCACGGCGCCAAUUGGGGCCAGGCGGGGUAUAUUCUCAUCUCGGCGAAGGACAACAACUGCUUCGUUCUAUCUAGACCGGUUUACCCUAUAGUGUAACCC